GAGAGCUCGCUCUAAACCCUAGUGCUGUCCAGAGAAUAUGCUCCUGCUUACGUGGCAACCGCCGUUAGAACCCUAAAGUUUAUCGCCUUUGAUCAUUGGGAUGGAGCCAACGGCGGCUUUGGUCCAUGGGAGCUUCCUCGGCUAUGGAGCAGCCGAUCCCUCGUGUUCUUCCAAGGCUUUUGUUCGUCGAGUCUAUCAUCCAAAUUCGAGGUUCUCGCUGGGAAUUCCAAUCCAGUAUAAAACGAGGAGAACUUCGCCUCUAAAGAUCUUCUGUAGUACCGUGGAUGAGCAAAUAACUCUUCAAGCAAGUACCAUGCACGAAACAUAUGAUCUACUCGCUCACAGGCUGUUUGGAGCUUCUUCCGCGAAACCCGGCAGCAAAUACUUGGUUGGAAUUGCUGGGCCUCCUGGAGCUGGAAAAUCCACACUGGCGAACGAAGUCUCUGGCAGAGUGAAUAAGUUGCAUCAGGAGAGGAAUCCGGGACUAGUAUCCGAGAUUGCAAUCGCAGUUCCCAUGGAUGGAUUUCAUCUCUACAAGCACCAGCUUGAUGCCAUGGAGGAUCCAGAGGAAGCCCAUGCUCGAAGAGGCGCUCCCUGGACAUUCAAUCCCUCGGGUCUGGUUGAUUGUUUGAAAGCUUUGAGGAGUCAGCAAUGGGCAUAUUUCCCAUCUUUUGAUCAUGGCGUUGGCGAUCCUGUGGAGCAAGACAUUUUGGUAUCACCAAAACAUAAGGUUGUGCUUGUGGAAGGGAAUUAUCUUUUGCUUGAAGAUGGCGAGUGGAAAGAACUAAAGAACUUGUUUGAUGAACGAUGGUUUAUUUCGCUUGACCUUGACACGGCCAUGAAAAGAGUGGAGCUUCGCCACAUAUCAACAGGGAAAACCAAAGAACAUGCGAAGAACAGAGUGGAAUACAAUGAUCGCCCAAACGCUGAAUUGAUUCUCACCACUAGAAAACAUUCCAACCUUGUCAUAAAUUCAUUGGAUCAUUCCCAGAAGAAAACUGGAUAAAAGGUUCAACAUUUGGAGUUU